ACAUUGAAAAGAAAAAAGAGAAAAUAAUGGUGUGUAUAUGCAUGAUAUCGAUACUGGAAUUUUAUAAGGAAAUAUACUGCAAAAUAACCAAUAAAUUUAGUCAUUAACAUUAUUGAGUAUUGGAAUUCUCUUUUCAUACAUCUUGUAUAAAUUAUUUUAGGAUUAUUUGUGUACAAAUUUAUAUUUCUGAGAGUAUAUGUACAGCUAUUUAUAUUGUCCAGAAAAUAUGAUGUUCCAAGCUUUGAGGACGUCAUAAUGUCUUAAAAUAUCUUUUAAAUAUGUGUUAUUUGAAUUACUUAUCAAUAUUAAUUGAUUAGAGUACACGUAUAGUUCAUCACAGAAGGUAAUGCGAUUUAUAAAAGAAAUAUUUGGCAAUGAAUAAUGCAUAUAAACGUAAAAUCAACUCUCUACGGCGCAACUCGGACAUUAACAAAGAUUGGAUGAUCAAGUUUCGUCAAGUCGAUAAAGUUUCUUGAUUACCAACUGGGCUACUUAAAGGUAAUUGUGGAUAAUUGUGUCGCGUGAAUAUAUUAUCAUCAGAGAGAGAAGCCUAAAAAGUGGUGCUAGACGUAAGAGUAAUAAAGAUGGAGAGUCAUGUCCAUAUCGCCCCUCUUUAUCACUCUUGCGUCUAGCACGGAAGAGAACCACAAAAACGUGCACAUUACCUACGCGAAUAAGGAUACAGCUAAAACGCGUCCAUGAUCAUUCUCAGGCUUCUCUCUGAUAUUACAAUUAUUACUAGUGAAGACUCAAAUCCAAUCUUAUUUAUCGCGGAAAAAUUCGAAUGUGCAAACUGUGUAGUUACAAAGAGUUUCGAGAGAGAGAGAGAGAGAGAGAGAGAGAGAGAGAGAGAGAGAGAGAGAGCCACAUUUUCCAAAUAUAGGUGGCAUCACCGUUGCCGGUGGUAGUCCACCAAUCAUCGAUUCUUGAUGUUCCUGUGUAUUCCACAUUCAACCAGCAGUUUAGUCGCAUCUACUUUUGAUGCGUCAGUGUAAUAUUCGCGAGACAUAUUUGUUUGCAAAACUUUCUUUGAAUGCAGAACUAAAAUGUCAAAAAUGAGUUCGAAAGACAAAGAUAAUAAAACAUUACAAGAUAGGCUGAAGCACUUUUUUCGGCUGAAUAAAGGAAGUUACAAAAGUCGCGAAGAAUUUAUUUUGACUUACGAUAUCGAAAAAGAAAUAAGCUCCGAUAGUCCGGUGCAUCAUCGUACAAAGGCAAUCAAAGAGCUUCGCGAGGCAGUGCUCAAUCAACAAUGGGAGGAUAGAGCAGCAGAACGUUUGUGGAAUUUGGUUAAAGAUUUACUAGGAAAGGAUGUUCCUCGUGAAUACAGGCAUUUAACAUUGAAUUUUUUGAAAUGCCUUGUACAAGGACAAUAUUCUAAACUUACGUCAUUGAUGCGAGUAAAAUUUUUCAUGGUAGUGAAGGAAUACGAUAUUCCUGAAGAUAUUGGUCCUAGAUUGGAAUUGUUGCAAACAUUAACCGAAUAUGGAAAAGAUAUUUUACAUUUGGAAGAAAGAAUGGGCCCUUUUUUGUUGGAAUGGAUGCCUACGGUAACAGCAGGAGAUGGAAAAAGAGGAGCUGAAUUUCUAUCUCUCCUUGUAAAUGUUAUCAAAUUUAAUUCGGCUUAUAUUGACGAAGAUAUUAUAUCUGGUCUUGUUCAGUAUAUCUCCCAUUUAUGUUAUUAUAGUAAUAAUACCGAAGUUGUUUCUGGAUGUUUGGAAGCUCUUGAUGCAAUCAUGUGUUACAGUAAUUUACAAUCUGAUUCGUUGCAAACAUUUAUUAUAGCCUUAUGCAGAAGUGUAAAUGUUGAAACUUAUUGCCAAACAAGUUGGAAGAUUAUGCGGAAUCUAUUAGGAACACAUAUGGGUCAUUGUGCUUUGUAUACAAUGUGUCGCUUGUUACAAGAUACAAUUUUUCAACGUGAUGUUCGCCUAUUACGAGGUGCCGUAUUUUAUGUAAACAUGGGUUUAUGGGGUACGCAUAGAAUACCAAAAUUAGAAUGUACACCAGCAUCUGUUUUACCUUCAUUCUAUCAAGCUCUACAAUGCAAUCAUCCAAUUGUUAUGUAUGAAGUUACUCUAUCGAUACAAAGAUUGGUAAAUAAAUAUGGAAAUGAAUUAUGGGAUCCUACGUGGAGUAUAAUCCUUGAUAUUAUAGAAGAAAUAAUCACUCAUACUGAGACCAGUAAUCAGCCGGCAACUAAACAAGUUUCUGCAAGUUUGCACGAGACAAUUAGCAACAUUGAAAGUUUGCUUGAUGCAAAUAAUUAUAAUGGUUGUAUUCAACGUUUUUAUGAUCUUGUCGAACGUUGUAGUGAUUCUCGACCUGAAGGAUCUGUAUUAAAAUUAAUUGAAUAUAGAGCUUCUACAAUAGGUCCUACUUAUCACCAAUGGCAGACCAAAUUAGGGUCUUUGAUGGAACGUUACUAUAAAAUUGAAACACGUACAAGCAUUAGAAUGAAAGUUUUAGAUGUUUUAGCUAAUGUUAUUUAUAUUAAUAGGUCUAGAUAUGAAGAUGAACUUAUUGAGCGAAUAGUUGUACCAUAUACGCAGCAUGUGGAUAUAGAUACAGAUAUUACAAUACGUACUAUGACGGCAAAUUUAAUAAUAGAUCUUUGUCUGGAAUGUGACUCUAAGCGAUGCAUUGAACUUUUAGACAUAUUGGAAAAGAUAAUCAACAAACCUUUUACAUCAGACGCUCCAAUAUCUAUGGAUGCCGAUAUUAAAGAUGUAAAAACUGCUGUGGUUGGAAUUAUAAAGAUAUUUACUUCCAAGAUUUAUCGUUUGCCAUCGAGUCAUGCAAUCUGUGCUUAUAAAAUUCUAGUAAAUCAUCUUGAACAACAUUACAGAGAUCCUUCAGUCUUCCAUGAUGUAUCAACAACACGUUAUUUGGUAAUUAUUCCAUCAGGUAGUAGAGGUCGAAGAGAAAGACCAAUAAUGUCCAAUCGAAUGAUAGGAGAAAGUAGAGCUUUAGAUUUAAAGCCUCCAAUGGAUGAAGGUUUAAUGAACUUUCAUAUCGAACUUAUUGAAACUUGUAUUGAUUUAAUGGCUCGUUAUACAUUUUCCAAUUAUUCAGCACGCCCUAAAAGAUUACCAGCUGCCGAUUUUCUUCUUAAAGAAGGUCAAUCAAUGACUUGGAUUCUUGGUAAUAGGCUUAUCACUGUGACGACAAGUGGUUGUAAUAAUAAGGCUAUGCGUGGUGGACUUUGUGACAAUUGUUGGGUAGCAUGUAAACCUGGCUUUUUAUUAUUUGAUCAUACAAAAACUUCUUACUCAAAUUUACAACGUACUUCAAGUAUUGAGACAUCAAAAGAAGACAAAUUAUCUAGACAAUCGUCUGGUGGUCAUGGAAAUUCAAAUGCAAAUACUGCUACAAAUUCUCCUACAGAAGAAUCUAAAAAAUCUAUGGAAGAUUCUGAUAGUAUGAAAAAGGAAUUGUUUAUAGAGAAGACUGACAAGGAACAAAAUGAAUCAUCAAAAUUAGGACAGAUAUUAAAUAGCGAUAAACAAGAUGAACAUAUACUUUGUGCUUGUUGGUGUCAAGGAUGGGCUGAAAUAUAUGUUCGUAGACCUACAGGUGAUAUGUCGUGGAUUAUGAGAAUCCAGAAUUCUACACAAUUUGAAACUCCUAUAGACUUUCCUGUACAUGAUAUCAUGGCUUUGUAUAUGCCAAAUCAAGAUGCAAUACCAAAUAAACCAGAGGCUACUUCAGAAUAUUCUGAUGACGAAACAGAAGAUGUGCCGAGCAAAAAUAAUAGUCAGUCGCAAAAUGAACAUAGCAUGAAACCAUUAAUUUCUUCUGUAGCAUCGGGUCCAAUCGCAAUACCUGGUUCGCCAGCUCGACCUAGUCCAUCCCGACAAAGCUCAAGAGACAGUUUGGAAAGUUUAGAGGAAGGUGAAGAAGAUACUCGGCGUUCCAGAAAUCCAGUACGUCGAUCGAAUUCUAGUCCAGAAAUGAGCGCUAAUUGGAAAAAUCCAUUUUUAAAUAAAGAAAAGCUAAACGUGCAGCAGCAAAUCGACAAAGAUUUUACUUGCUCGGAUUUAGAAAUUAAACUGGAUGCAGAUUUGAAAAAACAUUCGAAAAAUAUUUAUACAAAAGAUAUGAGAGUUAGUUGUGAAGCUAUACCAGAAGAAAUAUUUGGUAUGGGGACAACUCCACCUUCUUCAGAAAAUACUGGAGAGCAUCCAAUUUCAUUACGUUCGCAACGUUCCUAUCCAGGAGCAACGCAAGUUACUCAAACUAUUUCGACAAUUAGUAAUACAGUACCACCAUCUCCCACAAGUAUGCAGGCACCAGGAAAUUAUUUAGCAAUACAAACACGUUCUGUACAAAUACAAUCAUCUAUUACAAAAGCGCCUCAAUCACCUACUCAAAUUUAUUCCCGAUUAUCCAGUCUUGAUUACAAUCAGAAACAAAUGUCAUCAACUGUUGAAAGUAAACCACCUAUUGGGCGAAUUCAUAUUGCAGAUAAACAAAAGGAUGAAAGGCCAGAUCCGUCUACAUUGCCUCCUUUACCUAUACCUUUCCGCGACAGAGGUCAUACAAUUUCCGUUAUGAGUCCAGUAAAAAAAUCACGAGAAUGGGAUAACAUGCGACGAGGCAAUUCUCCUCGAGUAAAAGAGCCGCCACGAACAGGCAUUAAUCCGAGUUUUGUAUUCCUUCAACUUUAUCAUGCAGCACACUUUGGUACCACCACAGAAAAACCUUUGUUGGUUCCUCAGACGACAGCCAUACAACGCGCAGUAACAAAUUUAGAUAGAAUACAGCCAUAUGAAACUCAUAAAAUUGGAGUACUCUACGUCGGCCCAGGACAAGCUUCGAAUGAAAUUGAAAUUCUGGCAAAUCAACAUGGUUCCCUUCGUUAUACUGAAUUUUUGAAACGUUUAGGAACAUUGGUCCGAUUAAAAGAUGUUGACGAAAAUGUAUUUUUGGGUGGAUUAGAUCGUAAUGGCGAGAAUGGAGAAUUUGCUUAUAUUUGGCAAGAUGAUGUUACACAGGUAGCUUUUCACGUUGCAACAUUAAUGCCUACGAAAGCAAGUGAUCCAAAAUGUACAUCUAAAAAGACACAUAUUGGAAAUAAUUAUGUAACACUUGUAUACAAUGAAUCUGAAGAAUCAUACAACAUACAGACAGUUAAAGGUCAAUUUAAUUAUGCCUGUGUUGUGAUACAACCUUUAGACCAUGGUACUAACCAGGUUACAGUACAAGCACGAGAAGAAUUAGCGGAGCAUAUUGGUCAUAGCGAACCUAAAAUAAUUUCAGAUCAAAAUUUGGCUAUUCUUUCUCGGCAACUUGCUCUACAUGCUAAUUUAGCUUCAAUGGUUUGUUCGUCUUUGAAACAGAACAGUCAUAAUCCAUAUGCUUCUAAUUGGUUGGAACGUUUACGUCAUAUCAAGCGAUUAAGAAACAGAAUAUUGCAAGAAUACAUUAACAAUAAUCCAGAAACUACCACAGAUGAAUUAUCACCGAGAACCAACAAACGAGUCUAUAUGGACGACUUUACAGAAUAUACAACAUAGUCUUUGUAUCAUGUAAAGAAAAUUGUAUGUGAAAAAAAAAA